UGGAAACAUGCGUGGCUGCCCACGAAGUGCAACAAAUAAAAUUAUUAAAAUGUGGGCGUCGUGUGAACUGCAGCUUUUCACUCCAUGCUGUGUAAUUGUAGAUUUGAGACCUGAGCCUGCCAUCGUAACAAGAUAUGCCAGUUUUGCAUGUGCUGGUCAUUGACCAGUCACAUCGAUCUCAGUAUCAUUGCCAGGAUAAGCAUCAUUCCUCUUGAUUGGAGAAACAACCGAUAGUUCGAUCGAGUUCUGGAUCUCUUCUUCUCCCUUUUUUUAAUGUCCUCGUGUACACCCAUGUGAGUGUGGGUGUAUUCACGAGGACUCCUUUUUUCCUAUCACGCCUGGCGACGGUGGAUUCAACUUUACUGGGGAUGGAGCCCUUGUGGAUUUGUUUUUCCCAGGCUUAAAGGUUCUAGACGAGGCCAAACAGUCCGAAAGUUUUGUACCAUAACUUUGUGAUAAAACCAAUCAGCGGCGAUCGACUGUUACAGUGAAGAUGUCGCCGACCGUGCCGACGACGACCGACUCGCGUAAUGACGAGGAUAACGACGACGAUCCUAGCUGGAUUUUACUACGUCAGAUGGACGUUCUCCAUCGUCGUGUUGCCUUGUCGAAUGUGGAGCCGACGCCAGGAGUUGACCAAUCAACAGGGCGGCAACAACAUCAGGAUCGACAAGUUCACCUUGGCUGGAGCUGCAGCAGCAGCCUACAGCAGGAUCCUGUCGUCGAAGAGAUGGCGGCUGCCUACGCCGGCCUCGUGACGGUCCUGGGCAACAAAGGAAAAGAAGCCGAGAGCGGAGAUUGUUGGUUAAUGAGCCAUCAGCAAAGCUCGUCAUCAGGACUGAAAGGGACGACGGAUGACGGUGGCGGCGUUGGCAACCAAGACGAGGCGAUUAAGACGGCCGACUUUUGGAUCCAUCAGCUCCGUUCCGUUUUGCACGAAACGCGCUCCAAUCUCAAUCUCAUUGUCGCCUUUCAUCAACGUCAACUGCAACAACAACAACAGGCCAAACAACCAGCAACAACACCAGCUGCGGCGCAGCUGGAACCAUCAAGAGCGAUAAUCCGAUCCAGCCAGUCUGACGUGGCAGUUCAAACCGACUUGACGAACAAUCAGGAGCAGGAGACGGGCCAAACUGCUGCCGCCGCUCAGACGAAAUCGAAUUAUUAUCGGAAAUCAGUUAGACGGGCAAGUGAUGAUCACGUAGCCGCCGGCUCUUUAAUCGGGCAACUGUCAUCGCCGCCGCCGCCGCUUCACAAUCCAGCGAGUGCCAAGGCAGCCUCAUCCAAGAGCAGGAGCAAAGUGUUGCCGGAAUCUUUGGAAGCCGGCGUCGGCGGAUGUCAUUUCAUCCGGGCUGGCAACAGCUGUUGCGCAUUGUCCGCCCACUCUUGCCGUUUUCAUUCAUGCAGCUGCUGUUGCCGGGCGACGAAUAGGCAAAUCUUAUCCAAACGGCCGUCGGAUUCGAGUCGAACCAAGAGAACAAGGAGCCGGAAGAGACUGGACGAAGAUGACAAAGAAUCCUGGGCGAAUCGUCACGACAACACGGCGGCGAUUUUGCUAUUGAACGAGGCCUGGCAGCUGGCCGGAUUGCACACUCGCCAACGGAUGUCCAUUCUCAGUCGCCACUACCGAAUUCUUUGGAAAAGAUAUCGGAGACUACGCCGGAAGCAUGACCAAUUGCGCCGCAUCUUCCAGCGCACCCGCCGUCGCACACUUUACGUCCAGCUCCAACUCCAGAUUCUGCUGGAAUCGAUCGGAAGUCAAGUGGACGACGUGGCCUCUGACUGGGUUGAGCGUUUGAAAGGAUUGCUGACGCUCCAGGCUGAUGGACUGAUGGGAGCACCACCUUCGUCCUCCUCUCCGGAUGUUUCUUAUUCGCCCCUCGCCAAGGAUUCGACCGGACGGCAGCAGAGACGACAGCAGCAGUUUAGAGCCAACGAUGAGAAUUAUUCCUUCAGUCUGUACCGAUGGUACUCGUCCUUGUCCCUCAAACUCAGCUGGCUGCAGACGUCGCACGGGACCGUCAUGGAAAAUCUGCUCCUGUGGAUCCCUCGCACGUGAUGUCGACGAUCUCGCACUAUCAAUCUCCUAUCAAUCUUUCAUCCGACCAAAUGGGCUUCUUAUUUAUUUAACAUUUUCGUCUGAGACGUGAGAACUUAGUUCUUGCAGACUAUCAAGUUAAAAAACGUUGCCAUUAUCGCCAUCCAUCCCAGCAACUGCUGCGUCGAAAUAAGUUGAGCCAAAAAAGAGAAAAAUAAAAAGGGAUUGAUGCUGAUUUAAUAUUCUUUUGAUAAAUGUCUCGUUAGAAUCUUAUUUCACUCCCAUUUCCUUUCUUCUCCGGCAACAAACAUUUGAAUAUUCCGUCUAACGUGUGUUUCCUAGAAUUCCCCUAUUCCUCCGUGCUGAAAUUUCAUUUCAAAUGCUUGGCGCACGAUAUUAUUGGCGCACAAUGUAAUUCAAAUUUGAACUUACACACAUCUAGUACUACAUAUACUGCAGAUUUAUUACGUACGUAUGUCUAUAAAGGAAUAUAAGACAUUGUUUAACCCAUUUCAACCGUCUCUUUUCUUUUAGACAAUUGGACCCGUGUAUAUGCGCAGCUCCAACAUUAUUGGCAUUCGGUGACCCUGGUAGUGUACAUAUACGUAUAUAUAGUCUCUGUUGUUAUGACUCACGUGUCUUCUAGACGAGAAACGACACGACGAACGAGGGGAGAGAGAGCUUUGAGCUUUCUUUGAAUAUUCCAUUAGAUUCUCUCCCGGCAACUUCGUCAUCUUUUCAACAAUAUCAAGCGCGGCGGCAGCAGCGGCACACUGUUCGGGCUCACGUGCGUUCCUCAUACUACAACUGUCUUAUAUAACGGUGAAUAGUCUAGCAAAAGUCUAAUCAAGAAAUCAUAUUACAGGAUUUUCGAAAAGUAGAUGGCUCCUUCUGCUCCUUGUCGUCAGGACACGUGAAACUAUUUGACGGACGUACCGAAAUCCCAUUUUAAAUUCUCGUGCCGCCGCAUCGUGACGAUAAUCUCAAAGGGGAAAAAAUAUGGCGCUUGCCAAAAAAGUAUUACAAGUUUUUUCACUCGACAUCUAGUCCCUGGUGAUCCCGGUCUAAAAAAGUACUUUUACACGCCAGCCCUCAUUACAUAAGCCGCCUGUAUGUGGUAUAGCUGCGGCAGUUGUUCCUCCAUCCGACUUGUAUACUUUAGACCCCGCUCCGGAAAACAAAACACAUGUGAACUUGAAGUGCGUCUAGUAAGUAAUAAGUUAGGAGGAGCGAAUCCUUAUAUUGCCACUUUGGACUAGUAAUAACCUGUACCCAAAGUUAAAGUUUGCCUCCCCAUAAUAAUUAUGUUUCGAGCAAAGUAUUUCGUCAGAAUCGUUUUAUUGCGCAAAAUGUCCAGGCGCCAAUUGAUUGCAAAGUUCCCGUGGAAGCUCCUUGAUGUGGAUACAUUGGCAACAGCCCAUUCCAUCGAGGUAGAGAGAGAGCUAUUAUUACCGACGAAAAAGCCUCUGGUCUGAAAUGUGAUUUGAAAGAUUUUCAAGAUCUGAUGGGAUUUACUUAUUUUUCUUCUUCUCUCCAUAGCCCGAAACUCGAUUUGAGAUCCUCUUUGCGACUAGCCCCAAAAAAUGGAGAAAAGUAAAAGGCUUAAAGGAGCUAGCUGUAAAAGUCUUGCCUGUGUCACGUGUGCUGCAGAUUGAAAUGACGUGUCGAAUAAGUUAGUAGGCCAGGGCUGGCACUCCCGCCAAGGCACAUGUCCAGGCUGUCUCCCUCUCCACUUUUCCUUGUUUCUAUUUGGUUGCGCUGCGUACUGUAUACGUGUGGCAUCAUCCUGUUGGCUGAUCCCGUGUGAAUAAUGAUGUGUCGGGGGUCCCGUGUCAAGGCCGCCACUGCACCAAUUUAUUUGCCGAACAACAACAAAAUACGAUCGAUCGGGCAGACGGCCCUGCACACACACAUGUCGAUCCACCCAAUAAAUAGAGUAGAUACUUCUCUCGAGAAUAUUUAUUUUUCCCCUUCGUCUAUUAUAUUCGUGAAAACUCUGUGGCCCAGGAAAAAAGAAACAGACAACAAACGAAAAAGCAAACAUUCUUUGACAGCCGCACCGGGCUCCCCCAAGCUUUUACACAAGACGAGUUGCACUUGAAUCGACUUUUCUGCGAGUCGUAUUUUUAAUGAUGAGACCCCCGGCCCCACAGCCAUAUUGGUUGCUUCUUGAUGGUUGGAACAAGUAACUAGAGAGAGAAAAGAACUCGGAAGACGAGAACCUUUCCUUUUUUUUGUUUAAUUGAAAUUUUUUCCAAGAACUCGACGGCGCACAACUUCUUCUUCUUUCUAGUCGACUUCUAUCGACAUUUUUCCUGUAAUUCACUUCUGUUUUCUGGAAUCCUUAAACUCUCUUUUUUUUUCCUAUUUUUCCCCAUGGUGAAACUUUUCUUCUUCCGAGUUCUCUCGUUUACUCUCCGACACACUGGUAAUUACUAUCCUUUUCUUUCGCCUAGCGUCCAUUAAGCCGACAUUGUGCGGAUCCAAUU